CUCACCUAGCCUUCCUCACAUUAAUAUUGCCUUGAUCACACAAUGCCACACCUCUCAAAUUUUCCAAGAAAUUCUAGCCACAUUUUCUUGUAAAAUAUUGCGAUAAAAUAUUUUGAAUACAAAGAUAUCUUUGAUAUUUCUAUUAGGUGUAGAAGUAUAUCGGUACUGUGAAGAAGAUGAACAGGAAGGCAGGAGACUGGGACUGCAGGUCAUGCCAACAUCUCAACUUCAGCCGCCGCGACUCGUGCCACCGUUGCGGUGAGCCGAGGAUCGGCGGUGGAGAGCACGCCGGUGGCUUCGCGGCCGGAGCUCGGUCCCCAGGAGUGAUUGACGUGAAGCCUGGAGAUUGGUAUUGUGCAUGCGGUGUUCACAAUUUUGCGAGCAGGACCAGCUGCUUUAAGUGUGGGGGCUUCAAGGAUGGAGGGGUAGCUAUUGGAGCUGGAACUCCAGUUUUUGGCUAUGGAAGUGUCCUUCCAGGUUGGAAAUCUGGUGACUGGAUUUGCACCAGGUACGGGUGUAAUGAACACAAUUUUGCUAGCAGGCUCGAGUGCUAUCGAUGCAAUGCGCCAAGGGAAUACAAUGGAAUGUAGCUGUGGGAGAAAGUUUGAGCACUUUGAAGAAAGAGCUAAAAUGAGAGAUUUCAUGACAAGAUGUUAUUUUGACAUCUUAUGUUGUACUUGUUACAGUUACCUCCUUGAGAGGAUAUUAGUCCUAUUUUGUGUGUGGGUGUGUGAGUUUCUCUUGUAGGCUGUUGAUGCUACAGCCACUUAUAAUAAAUAAAUAAAUAAAU